AUGUCUCCAAAUCUGCCGUUCCUACCUGAACAAGAGUUGCGCGAACAAGAGAUUGGAGGAGUAUUGCUGCUGCCCGAACAACUAGAAGGUGUAGUUGGUGGUCAACAAGUACUUCUAGAUGAACAAGAAGCACAUUUUGUGGAGGAAGACUAUGAUGAAGGAGCUGAUCAUGCUGUAGUGGUGGACCACGUCGUGCAGAAGAUGAGUACACCUGUACCUGUAGUAGACAUGAAGAUGAUAGAUGGAGGAGCAGUACAACAUCGACGUCGACAAGAAGCUCCACCAGAAGAUGCUGUAGAAGCAGCACACCGACGUGAAGAUGAAGAACUAGAACGUCAACUUCUACUCCAAAAGUUAAACCUACAUGACGCUCCGCCUCUACCUGUGUCGCAGUCGCAGCUUCCAGAUCAGCAUCCUGAUGAAGGGUUUGCAGAGGAACUAUCGCAGUCGCAGCUUCCAGAUCAUCAUCCUGAUGAAGGGUUUGCAGAGGAACUACAUAAGGACGCAGAGGACCGAGAUCAUGAUCUGGAAGUGAGAAGUAUUACUGGUGGAUUUUACCCAGAGCCUCCAACUAGUACAGCGCGUUCCUACAUGCCAGCAUUACCACCUCCAUUAGACGAGCCUCCAUUACUCGAAAUUUUGGAGGUGGAGGUGGAAAGGGAGCCCGAAGAAGAAGCAAGCAGGGAAGAAGAUAUUAUUCGAAGAGUUGCACCAGAAGAACAACUAGUACAAGGACAACAAGCACAAGGACAGCCCACUGAUAUAAUUAUGGGUCGUAUUAUCGGGAAUUCAUCUCCAAGUCCAAAGUCAUCUGAAAGAAAAAGACAAGAGGAAAAACGGAGCCAGAUGAUCCCUGAGAUGAAUUCCCAAUACCUAUUUACCUCGAAUAUAACCGAAGAUAGCCUUCUAGAACCAGAGCCCGAUCCUGAACUGACCUCCAGAAGUCAUCUUCCUCAGCAUGUUGUCGUCCGUAAUCGAGAACAAGAAGUUCCAGUUAUUUCAUCUGCCUCUCAAGAAUGUAUGAUGUGUGUAGAGCACUUAUUGGGAACGUCGAAAAUAUUUAUGGGAAUGUCUAAGUUUGAGUAUCAUGUCGUUCCUAACUAUAAUUAAUAAAGAUAAGUAAGAAGGCAAAGACAAAGAGGGACGAACGACAUUCCCAUACCGACACUCUCAAUGAGUGGAAGCAUUCAAAGUAGCGCCUCUUCAUGUGCCACGUCGCCGUACUCCGCCACUGCAUGAGUCUGAGACGCUUUUAGCAGGAAGUCCUGGCGCGGCGAUGCGCACGAGGGCUUUUAUGGAACAGCAAGCUGCUUUUGUUCUCGAAAAGCAAAAGGCAGAGAUGGCGAAUGGACAAAUACCCGAAGUUGGUGCUCAGUUUGCGCCUUUUAGUAAUGAAGAUGAGGAAGAGGAAGACGAGAGCUGCGAUGAGAAUGAGCAGACAUGUCCUCUUCAUGUCGAAAAUGUCGAUGCAGGUACUCGUGUUGUGAAUGUUGGAAACCAGCAGGAGUCAUCCUCAUCCAGUAGGAGCGCUCCUGCUUAUUCACCAGCCGCGACCAUCCCGCCAGCUCCUUACCCACCAGCAGCCGCUGUGGAAGUGAAAUCAAGCAUCAAGACAAGUUGUAGUUGCGAUGCAGCUCAUUUCGAGCAGCUCUUGCGUGAUGUAGAAGCCGUGAAAGCAGAUGUAGUAGGGGGUAGUACACCUGCUGGACAUGAAGAGCGAUCAUGUUGUCAACAUGAAAAAUUGACAAAACAAUACGAUUUUGUUUAUGCCAGAGAGGUCCCGGACCUUCGUUUCAAUGACCCAAGCCAAGUUCACUAUGAUCCGAAUCUAGACCUGAAAUUAACACCCUUCUACCACAAAGCGAAGACGACCCUACAAGCUCUUUCUGCUUUGUUAAAGCCUGGUGGACUAUUGGUCAUCGCCGUGUCGCACCUGUUUGCAAACGGAGUAGCAGAUCGCGACGAAGUGGCUCGGACUUUACGACUGUCAGCGGCGGAGCGACAAGAGGAAUUGCAGCCAAAGGUCCGGCAGGUGCGGCAAAUGAUGAAUUUGCUGGAAGACUUGGUUGUGGGGAAAAGUGGCCUCAUAGUUGAUGCCGACAACACAAGCGAUUUAGUGGAGACUAUGCAAAAGGAUCGCGAAUACCUAGAAGACGGCUCUUUGAGUGCACUAAUUAGGUCGACCAGAAGUAGCCCUACGCCCACUCCGAGUGAAGAUCAUGAUGUCGAGCAGCAGAUGUUGGGACUGCAGCAGGAGCACGAGGAGGUGAUUAGAGACGUCGGUCAACAGUCACAGCGGAGACGAGAGCAGCAGCUCCAUCACGAUAAAGAAGGAAUAAAACAAGACCAUCGUGAUCUUCAUCAUGACUUGCGUUUGACUAACGGCGUGAUGUUCAGAGGUGAGAUAGCUAGAAUGCGCUACGGUUUUGACCUAUCAGGGCAAAAGGUUCCUUUACCCGGUGUCACUGGUUUACAGGUGUUUAUAGCGGAGAAGAUGCCUCCUGAAGAGCUGCAGGUGCAAGAACAACGACAACUAAGAGUAAAUCAACACUGCUCUGCUGGUGCUGAACAAGUUGAAUCUGACGCAGAAGAGAUGAUUUUUGUCGAUGACGAAGUAGAUCAUGAUGGCAUGAUGAAGAUGGAUGAGCAGUAUGACGAGGAAGUGAUCAGAAAUCUUCAGACACAACAACAUCAUGCGAGAGGGAGAGCACAUAACGAUAAAACUAACACUACUCGUGGUAGUUCGGGAGCUGGUAAUCAUGUGGCAGCAGCAGCACGAGCAGCAGCAGCAGCAGCAGCCAUAGCGAGGCCACCUCCUCCCACUACAACUAUUCCCACACGUAAAAGCGCCAACCAAUUUGUCGCUCUCUUCCGUGCUUCUGUACAUGGAGGUGUAGGAAGUAGAAUGGGAAGCGAAAUUAACACUGAGGGAUCUUCUGGAUGUCCCAGACCAGCUAGUAGAAUGGGUAAUAAAGUAGGAGCCUCAGCAUCAACUAGUUCGAGAGUCGUGACUGGAGGCCAACAACCACCAGACAGUACAUCAAUCAAUCCAGACGGAGGCGGAUACGUUCAUCUAUCUUGGGAUGCUAUUAGAAUGAAUGCAGAGGCAGAGGCAGAGAACGAAGCUAGAAUAAAUCGCAGUAGAGCUACUAGUACAGGUAACGACUUCGUGUCUAGAAGAAGUGCCCCAGCUACUCCAACCUCAAUCUGGACUCGACGCAAAAUCGACACUUCAGGCAGCGUUGUGGAACUUUUUAAGGGGUUAUAGAAACAAAAAAUUCAACAUUUCAAGAACAAAUAAGGGGGUACUAGCUGUAGCAGGUUUUCGCUGCACCACUUGUAGUUGUAUUACAUUAUACUGAAUUCAUUUUGAUACUAACUAAGGUAGAGGUUAGUGAAGAGAGUUUUCUUCCAACUUCAUCAAGCAUUUGAUGUGGGUGAAUGAUGACGCGACCACACCCACAUGUUCAAUUUCAUGCAGUAGUUCGUUGGGAUUUUAUUUGAAGCUGCAGGCAUUAUUUUGUCGCGUUAACGGCUGUGGUUGAUGUUAAGAUACGGACACGCAGCGCGACCUUGUAAAAAAGUUCUUCUUGCCACAGCCACAUGAAAAACAGAAAGAAUCAAUACCACGUUCUUGGUAGUACGCGGCUCUGAAGAAGAUUUUUAUGAUGGAUAAAAAUUCAAGAAACUGAAGAUUGAUGAUGCAGAUUAUGUCAACAGAGAAUAAGACGAUAAUUACGGUAACAAGCGCAAUUAAUACCAAACAAUCAUGAAGAUGAGAAUUGCUCGUGUUGUUUCACCUCGUGUUGAUUUAACAUUAAUAACAAGUUCAAAAGAUUUCUACUACUUGCAAGACGACUAAUCGUGCACUUUUUACUAACCACCACGAGGACUUUCAGUCACAAGACUCAACAUAUUAACUUUUUCAUUUUUUUUUCAUCCUCAUGUCGAGCUGCCUGCAAAAUCGAUAUCAAAGACCAGGAUGAUACUGUCUGUCUGAUGUAAAUGCAGAUCAUGUCAUCAAUGAUUGCUCAGACUCACUCUACUUCUACGAC